AUGUCCUCUAGUGUAUCCUCGUCGUCGCAAAAGACUCAGAUUCUUAUCACUUCCGUCCCCAAAACGCUGUUCAGCGAGGGCAUGCCCAAGAGGCUGGAGAGCCGGCUGUUCGAGGAUGUUUUCCCGCAGUUGAGGGCGAAGGUCGAGUACUUUACGCCGCUGCCGUUUUUGAACCGGGUCGUGAUCAUUCUCGCUGAUGAGAGUGCGACGCGGGAAGUGUACGACUAUUUAAGGGCGCAUGCGGACGAGUUGGUGCCUGGUCCGAUCAAGCUGUUCAUGACCGAGUCCCUACUCGCGUCCCGAUCCCGGUCGUUUGAUGAUCGUGACGGGAGCCGCACAUCCGAGGAUGCUGCUGCCGCUGCUGCUACUGCUGCUCUAGCAUCGAAUGAUCCCGCUCAACAGGGGAGGCCGCCGAUUCUCUCACUGGACACAAACCCGAAGCGGACGGGGGUGCAGAUGUCGUCGUUGUCCGCUGGGUCUCCCUCGCUGUCCCCCGACAGGUCGUCUGUGGAGUCCCCGACACUGCUGAAGUUCAACAGGGACGAAGAACCGCAUUACUACCAGGAACCGCGGCCCGGGAAGGCUGGGGACAGUCGUGAGUCGUUGACACCAACUGAAUCCCUGGGACGGAGACGCAGGAGCAGACGCAGACGCAGACGCAGCCGAGGGACCGGCUCACUCUAG